AUGUUUUCCGCAUUCAGCACUCGAGGUCGGCUUCACAGGUCCAUGUCUUCUCGAUCAAUUCGGAGACCCCGCCGUCCGCCAGCAGAGAUCAUCGAUCCCGAUGUCGCCAAACAUCAUGCUGCUGCGGCCGCUUCCCGAGCUAUGCACUCAAAUCAUCAACAUUCUCAUCAAUCAUCAGCGGAAUUGAAAUCUUCUUAUAAUCGACUGGGUGGGCCUGCCCAAGUCGCCAUUCCAAGACGGCGCCCGAAAUCCAGCGUUCAAUAUACCGACGACAGCACCUCGACCUAUGGAGCCCCCACCGUGCCCCCAUCCACUCCACUUCCAUUUGCGAGGACCGAGAAUAUAUUCACAGUCAAUGAUCGUGAAUUCUCCGCCGUCCUCCCACCACCCGCUGAACCGAAUGGGUUAGAUGGUCGAGAUAGCUCUGUGCCUUCCUCAUAUCGGCGACUGCGCAAGGCCAAAUCAAUGUUUUCAACUAGACAACGGUUCUCACACAUUGCAUACAGUGCGCCACCUCUCCCUCGUCGAGAUGCCAUGGAUCUCGAGCGAAGUCCCCAAUUUGCGCUGCCACGAACCAUGAGACAUACAGCAUCCUUCAUUCGCGCAAGUCCCUUUCAAGGUUCCCAUUCAAUUAGACACGCCAAAAGUCAAGACACGGCCAUCGAAAUUGCUCGCGAUCAAUUCCUCGGAGAAAUUGACGAGGAUGAAGCCCAGUUGAGGCGUUCUUCGCUCUUCGUACAUCGACGCAGGCGGGAAAACAAACCGUUCCGGAAGACCUUCCGUGUGACAAGUGCGAGUAGCAUUGGUACAAAGCCCAUUGAGAGGCAUGGUAGACGACGGACCUUCUCGGCAUCUUUCAAGAACGGUCUGAAACGGGUUUUUGGUUUAUCCAAGCCUGUCGAGCAACAUUCCAAAAUCUCAGACGAAACAGAUCCGCCUCUUCCUCCGCUGCCCACGACCUGCAACAGGGUCCCUGUCAACAAUUCUGUCCAUGAAUAUGUGGAAGAUCAUGAUAUGGUCAGCAAAGCUGUGGAUGUAAUUGAUGAUGCUCAUUCCAGCCCAUUGCGUGUUCCACGGAUCUCCCCCAGUCGUGCCAGUCUCUGCACAUCCAAAUCACGAGUUACAAGCUGGGCAGAUUCGACGGUGGCCAACACCAUCACUACUCGCAAGCCUGGGCAUCUGCAAUCGCUAUCUCUGAUCGAAGAGCACGGGGACCUGAACAAGCAAUUACCGCAGCAUCCUUCCGGCGCAGUCAACCAAGCUUCACCUACGCCCAGAAAGUCUCCCGCCCGCAGGUUCAACGAUUGGGUUGAUAGUCAUGACUUGUACUCGGCUUUGAUGCAGCAGAUUGGUCGGCAAAAUGUGCAAAAUGCCGAGGAGGAAAUAGUUUUCGGUACUGUCCCAGAGCACCGUGUUGUCCAGGAACGCACUUCCUCGGCAGUAUCACGUCGCAGCAAAUACACAAUCCGCCGUGUUCCGAGUGGAGAUCCUUCGACGCCUAGAUCAUUCACGACAGCAAGAGCCGGAGACUCUGUGUCCCCGCGAAAGUAUAUGAUUCGUCCUCUUCAAUAUAUUCCUUCGUCGGUGACACCUCGAAAGAUUCCAGGGCAAGAUUAUCACACUUCGGGUCACAGAGUCGAUACAAGUUCGCCUCGGUCACCAUAUACACGCUGUGGAGAUUCAGAUGACGAAACAGGGAGCGUGAUUGUCUUUCGUUACUCUCCAAGUUUAUAUUCUCGAACGACAAACGGGGGCACGCCCACGCGGGAUCAUGAUGAGGUUGAACCUAGUUGUGUGGCGGACGAGCCGGGAACAGCGACCAUAUUUGCUCCCCAGAGAGCAGUGUACAGGUCACCUAGACGUUCGUCCAGCUCAUCGCCCUUAAAAACUCAAGUACCGAGUUUGGACUGGCAACAGUGGAUGAGCUCCCAGAUUGAGAGAAUCGAAUCGACCAGUCCGACACGAGAGCAUGUGAGAGAGGGUGCACAGAUUCAGGAAGAUGAUGAUGAGAUCUUCAUGGGCAUAAUGCGGCGAGCACCUGGCCCCGGCCAGGAGUCGACUGCCAUACCGUAUAUUGCUGGUGAGCCGAAGCACGACGACUCGCAGCCCAUUGAGGAGCUCAGAGUUACCCCUCGGAAUAAUUUCUCUCGUCCAUUCAGUCGAUCAUCCAGUGUGCAAACCAUUCUGCCAUCUCAACCCGUUGGGCCUGGUAGCAUAGUCAAGACUGCAUCGAAGCUUUCAGUAGUAGAUUCUAUCGCCGAUGUUCCAUCUCCACCGGCUCAGGUGCCCUCCGAUCGGACUCUAUCGCCAAUGCGCACGAGAACUGCGAAUUCACCAAGCAUACCAGAUUCACCAACUCCUCAGAGAGUGGCAUCCGAUAUACCAACGCGGAAUUUGACACAAGAGCAGUACCGACGAUAUUCCGCUCGCCGGCCGAUAAGCAAUGGAAAGCCAAAUUCCUUCCGAUCGAAGCGUACCUACCGCGACUUUAAUGCGUUGAACAAGGAAAAUCAGUGGCAGAAGGAGGAUCACGAAAACAUGAUGGAUGAGUAUCACAAGAAUCAAGGUGGUCAUUCUACUGUGUCCAGCAAACACAUGGUGGAGAUGUUUUUGAACAGUCGGCGUCGCCCGGCGGAAAACGUGAUGGAUGGCAAUGCUCCCGGUGAGGCUUUCAUCUGA